AUCCAUUGAUUUGAUCCUUAGCAAAGUGUGAAUAGUAUAAAAAAAAGCUGUAUUGGUGGAAAGAGUGAAGAUCAGAAAAAUAGGAAUUAUAACAUCUAUGAUUAAUCCCACAGACCCAGCCAUAAUCUUUAACAAUGAUCAGACCUUUUGAUAGAAAUAUGAAAUAUUAGUAUAAAGUUAUCACACAAAUGGGUUGCUUAUUUCAAGCAUUGAGUUUAGUGAAACUAUUGUUUUCAAGUGUCAUUAUAUCUACUGAAAUUGUUACUGUUCAUUGUAUACAUACUUGGAUGAUUUUUGCAACCUCUGUCAACAUGUACAUAUGCCAGUGAAAAUAUCCUAACAAAACAUUUCCCUCCUGAACAGGGCCUCUUUUUUGGCAGUAUUUAGAGUUACUUCCCUUGACAUGCCCUACUUUCAAGAUCAAUGAUGGUGGAACAAGGAAAUGUUGCCCUCUCUGAUGGUGGCUGACACGGUGAUAUAACAGAUUAUUUUUAAAAGUUGGAUCUGACUAUACUUUCAGACAAACAUGGCAGAUGAUAUUUUCCAGUAUGACAUAUAUGAAGAAGCCAUUUGUGAGGACACUCUGUCUAGAUCCAUUCAAGCUGCUCUUGACAGUGAUAAUCCCAAGUUGUUGGACAUUUGUAUUGACAGUACAGAUGAAGAUAUACCAGAACAGUUGCACCUGGUAUUAUUAGAAGCUUGUACGAAAGGUGCAGCAAACAUUCUCCUGUUUAUUCUGAAGGAACUUGGAGUGAAUCAGAUUGAACAUUUGAAAAACAAUAGAAGCUAUUUGCUUGGAGCAGCAAUUAUUAAUGGGCAUGGUGAAGUAGUGAAGAUCUUAUUAGAUGCUGGUAUUGAUAGGACAGACUUGACCGGUCAUGGUGAUAGUGAUGUUAUACUAGCUAUUCGCUACAAGAAACCAGAAAUAUUGAAAAUACUUCUGGAGGCAGGUGUACAAAAUGUCAAUAUAUCCAACAGUUACGGUGUGUUUCCAUUGUACAUGGCAAUCAAGCAAAAACAGGUUGGCUGUUUAAAACAGUUGAUAGCUGCAGGGGCAGAUGUGAAUAAGAAGAUUGAAAGAGAAAGUGUUAAUCAGGAUAAUCCACAACCGUCUGAUAACGACGUUCAGACAAAGGCAACGACUGGAGACAGUUUGGUUCAUAUUCUGCUGCGGAAACUUGGAUUGAGAGUGUUUACCGAAAAAGUCUCAGAAUAUUUUAUCUAUGAUAAUAUGUUUGAGAUAUUUUUAAACCUUGAUGUUGAUUUAUCAGUAGUCAAUAGUUAUGGACAUUCUGUUGUUGAUGAGGCUGUGGUCAGUUUGUGUGAUGCAAAGUUCAUGAGAAGACUUGUUGACAAGGGAUGUCAGCUACGUUUGUCCAAUCCCUAUCAUUAUGCCUGUUUUGAUGAUUCUGUGGAAAGGUUAGAGGUGAUUCAGAAGCUUGGAUUUGAUGUAAAUACUUUUACCCCAGAGACUCCAUUUUCACCCCUUUUCAUAGCAUGUUGGGGGCAGAAUAUGAAAAUUGUUAAGUGGUUGUUGGAAAACGGGGCCAAACCUACUGUGUAUGUUGACUCGAAGAUGCUGUGUGCUUGGAUAGCAAGAGUGAACAAGUGUGUUGAUGCUUUCUUUGAAGACCAAGAUGGCUUCAUCACAAAGGUGUCAAAAAUGACCCCAUUACAUUUCAUGCUGAUGGGAUCUCUGAGUGUGUUUAUGUCCGCACAGCCUGUGGUGGAGACGUUGUGUGAACACGGUGCUGAUGUAAACUCACAGACAUUAACUGGAGAGACACCACUGUUAUACUUCACACGAGAUCUCCUUGGGGAAGAUAACUUUCCAAUUAUUCCAACUUCCUUUGAAGCUUUGGGUCCUGAGGAAUCGUUGUUUGUGUCAUUAAUCCAGGCUGGGGCUAAUCCAGAUACUGGAUCAGGUCGUGAGGUUUAUCCACUCACAUACUGCAUCCCUGAGAAACUGAGCAGAAUUGCCCUCAUGUUUCUAGAAGUUUCAGUCAACCUUUCUCACUAUGUAGCAACUGAUGAUACUCAGGUGAAAGCCUUUUGUUUGUCAGACCUGUCUUUCCUUCCAUUGAACAAAGACUCCUUACAGUCUCUUGUCCAGAAUCCACGUAAACUGAGGGUUCUUUGUCGAAAAGUCAUUCUUCAAGCUAGCAGUGGACGUCUCAUAAAGGGUGAGAACAGCUUGCUGGAACUGCCUCAGAAGGUUCGAAAUUAUGUGAUGUUGAAAUACUUGCGGGAACCCGAUUGGUAUGAUAACCCAUACACACUAAUGUGAAGAAACUGUUGCAGAUUUGUACCAAGGUACCAAGAGCUCUGCUAACAACUGUGAAUAGGUCAUAGAAGACAUGAAAGGAAAAUGCUUCUUCAUUAUGUUUAUGUCUAAGUUCUUUGACAAUACAGUUAUACUUUCACUAGUCAGGUUUUGUUAUUGUGUUACAGGGUCCAUGUUUGUUGAUCAACCAGGAUGUGUUGAUGGAGAUAAUGGUGAAGCUGCAUUGGCAUGACAGGAGUAAAUAUUUUUCUGUGUGAAUUUUCUUGCAAUUCUUAUAAAGUAAUGGCAGGUUCUUCACAGACAAGUUAAUAUAAAUAUAUUUCCCUAGUGAUGAUUGUAAUAAUAGAAGAAAUUUGUAAUUAUAUCUCAUCUCCUUUUUGGAAAUGAAUGUGGUGAAUGAGGACUAUUUUUAUGGCUAUACAACUUCUUUAUUCUGUAUAGGUGACAUUUUGACAUUCUAAUGUUGUCAAGCAAGUGGACAAGUGAACAGCGACAUUAGAAUCUAUGUCGAAACGUCGCCUAUACAGAAUAAAGAAGUUGUAUAAAUAGUCCUCAUUCUUUAUCUACUCAACUUCAAGAAUGCCAAUCAAAAAAUGAAAAUGGUCACAAAAUUAAGAAUCAGGAAGCACUAGUUCUUGAAUGAUGGUGAUGUAUAAUUACGAAACAUGACACUUCUAAAUUUUAUUUUUCCAUAUUGUUUUUUACUUGUAACCAUGGUAGCCUCAAAUUUGUGAAAAUCAAUAAAAUUACAAAUGUUCUAUGAUCAUUGGAUAUUGUUUUAUAUUGUAUCCAAUAAAAGAGUUAUUUUUGAA